AUUGCACGCAUUUAAAAACAUCAACAAGAAAUUCGCCGCCAAAAAUCGCAAACACCUUGCUGCUGCAUUUCUAUCCGAUUUUGUUUCAUAAAAAUCUCAAAAACUAUGCCAGAAUCUCGUGUAAACGAAGGGGCAUCCGGUUCCGGUUCGUCGAAGGAUUCGGCGGUCAACAAAAAGAAAAACCUACCUUGGAUCGAAAAGUAUCGUCCACAAAAGUUCGAGGAAAUUGUCGGAAAUGAGGACACCGUUAGUAGACUGGGCGUGUUCGCCACCCAGGGAAAUGCUCCGAACAUCAUUAUCGCCGGUCCACCCGGAGUGGGUAAGACGACCACGAUUCUUUGCUUGGCGCGUAUCCUGCUGGGUGAAAACUUCCGGGAAGCAGUUCUGGAGUUGAACGCCUCGAAUGAGCGUGGUAUCGAUGUGGUUCGAAACAAGAUCAAAAUGUUCGCUCAGCAGAAGGUGACUCUGCCCCGGGGUCGGCAUAAGAUUGUCAUUCUGGAUGAGGCUGACAGCAUGACCGAGGGCGCUCAGCAAGCGCUGCGGCGGACGAUGGAAAUCUACAGCAACACGACCCGGUUCGCGCUGGCUUGCAACACAAGUGAGAAGAUCAUUGAGCCGAUUCAGUCUCGGUGUGCUAUGCUGCGAUUCUCCAAACUCUCGGACGCACAGAUUCUGGCCAAACUGAUUGAAGUCUGCCAGAAAGAGGGGCUUAGUUAUGACGAGGACGGCCUGGAAGCGAUUGUGUUCACGGCCCAGGGCGAUAUGCGACAAGCGCUGAACAAUCUGCAGUCGACGGCUAAUGGAUUCGGUCACAUCAGCGGAGCGAACGUGUUCAAAGUGUGCGACGAGCCACAUCCGAUGUUGGUCCAAGACAUGCUGGAGCACUGCAUCAAGGGCGACAUCCACAAGGCGUACAAGAUCAUGGCCAAGCUGUGGCGGUUGGGGUACGCAGCGGAGGACAUUAUCGGAAAUGUGUUCAGGGUGUGUAAGCGGAUGAACAUGAACGAGAAGCUGAAGCUGUGCUUCAUCCGGGAAAUCGGAGAAACGCACAUGAAGAUUGUGGACGGAUUGAAUUCGUUGCUGCAAAUGUCCGGCAUGUUGGCCAAGCUGUGCGAGGUUUCCUAUGAUUACUCGUAAGUUUCCUUAUAAUUCUGGUUUAGUAAGAUAAGUUUAAGUUUCCUAAAUGAA